AUGCAGCCAGAAAGGAGCAAUGAAGUGGCCCCGCUCCAGCACAAGGAACAGCCUGUGGCCAGUGGCGGAGGAAGCCAGAACAUCAAAGAAGACGGGCACCCAGAGGAGGGGCGAUCUGCCCACCGUGAUGGGGGGAUUCGCCCUUCUAGGGGUGCCAUCGGGGGUGCCCAAUGCUCUAGGAGGUGCCAUCGCCUCAGAAAGAACAGAAAAGUGGCCCCACUGCAGCGCGAGAAGAAGCUUAUGCCUCCAGGUGAGGAAGUUCCCCCCGUGCCAUUUUUGGAAGGGCAGGAAUAGGCUAGGGUGGCAGCUCAGGGUAUAGGAUUUGUGGGGGAGGGGAAGCUAGUAAGAAAAAGCCAAAAGAGCCAGACUGUUGGAUCCGACCCAAGGUUCAUCUGGUCCAGCAUCUGGAAACCCACCCCAGUGGCCAGCCACUUUUGUGGGGUUGAUGAAGAUGCUAUUGACAGAGAGAGGAGAGGAAGCAUUUCUAGUGGAAGCUGGAGGCAGAGGCAGCUGGUAGGACAGGGCAGGGGGACAGUGGUCAGCUAGAGGGCCACAUUCUCUUGUGAGCCUCAUUCGGGGGGCUGCAGGCCAAGACUGGCCCCCAAGGCCUGGGGUUUGCCACCCCUGUAGUAGGAGUGUAGAAGCAGAUGAACCAAGCAGAAGAUUAUUAGAAUAAUCUUUGAAGCUGCAAAGGGACGAACUAACCUGUCCCCAUGUCCUUCUCUUGUUGCAGUUGUGCUGAAGCUCUUCGAGACUCUUCCGAAGCCUGAGGUUAGUACUGGGGGGAACAAGAGGAGGGACUGGAUCCCCCAGACCCUCUGCCCGCUGACUGUGGUCUUUGUUCCCAGUUCUGCAGUCUCUGAAUACUUCCACCCCCACCCUCCAAAAGGCUUCCAAAGCAAAUAAUGCAACGAAUGUGGCAUGGGUUCUUGGGGUGUCAGGAUGAUGCCAGAGGCAUGUCCUGCCCUCUUCCCUGGUGCUGCCCUUCCACCUCUGCCCAGGAGGCUGCAGGGCCCAUGGAGGUCCUCUGGGGCAAGGGAUUGGGCCCAAGCCUGAGGGAGGCCAGUCUUUCCUGGUUUGGGCCUGCUUGUGGGCUUCCUUGCACCCAUCAAUGGUGGGUUUUGUAGUGUCACAAAAUGCAUGUGAUCCAGCUUUCUCUUUCCUCUGCAGAAGGCAAUGGCCCAACGACACCAGUCCCGUAUUCAGCCAGCACCUGAAGAAGGUAAACGAAUCUCCACACCUUGGGGACUUUUCACUUAGUAGCCUUAUGGUUCGUGCCCGAGAAAGACCUCCCAGGCCUUCUUGCUGUGCUUUGCAGGCCUUUUUCACUCCCCCUUCAGAAGGCAGGGCCCUGACUGACUCCAGCUACAAAAGCUGAGGUGGCUGAACCCUUGGGUUUGGGUAUAGUUUGGCAGGCGUUGUUGAGAGAGGCUGUUAAUUCAGUCUCUCUUUUUCAUUCUCUUCCAGAGGACAUCACUGUAGAAGAUAUAGAAUGA